GAUUCUAUCAUUCUUGCAUGGCAACGCUACCUAAUCAAAAUGACAGCAAUUCGUUUCACGUGCGUCUUGUUCUACUCUGCUGCAAGGAGCGUUUGGGGAAAAGAUCAUCGCUUUCGCAUCCAAAAAUUUUCGCUGCGGAUUUUCAAAAGAAUGACUUCUAACAGCGAAUCAAAUCCAAGUGAGAAUGGUACUAAACGUUUUCGCAGCGAUGCUCCAGUAAUUGGCACGCACAGUGGCACAUUCCAUUGUGAUGAAGUGUUGGCUUGCUUUAUGCUCAAACAACUGCCGGAAUAUAAAAACGCGUCAAUUUUUAGAAGCCGUGACGAUAAAAUGUUACUUGAGAAAUGUGAUAUAAUUGUAGAUGUUGGCGGUGAAUUUAAUCAUCAGAAAAAAUUAUACGAUCACCAUCAAAGAAGUUUUGUAGAAACGCUCAGUACGUUGCGCCCAGAACUGGGAGAUGAAUUUAAAAUCAAACUUAGCAGCGCUGGUCUUAUUUAUGCUUAUUACGGUGAGCAUGUAAUUGAAAGUGUUCUGCAAGAGAAUGGGAAAGCACCAUUGUCUCCUCAAAACCUAAAGUUAAGCUAUAAACAAAUCUAUCGGAAUUUUAUAAGCGAAAUGGACGCUAUUGAUAAUGGUGUGCCAAUGUAUAAAAAUGAUGUAGGAGAGCCUCUGUAUAAAAUAUCAACACAUCUGUCAUCUCGGGUACACAGACUAAACCCAUCCUGGGAAGAUGAACAGGGUAGCGAAAUUGAACAAAAACGUUUUGAGCGUGCUUUGGAGCUGGUAGGCAAAGAGUUUGUAGAGAAUGUUCUAGAUGUUGCCUGUUCAUGGGUAAGGGGUCGAGAGUAUGUACGCAAAGCUCUGGAGAAAGCUAAAUCCGUACACGAGACAGGCGAAAUUAUAAUACUAGAACGCUUUUGCCCAUGGAAAGUACAUUUAGCUGACCUAGAAAAGGAAUAUAAUGUUGAAGGUGUGGCGAAACUGGUAAUAUUUUCGGAAAAGGCACAGAGUUGGCGUGUCGCAGGAGUUCCCUUAUCACCCACUAGUUUCUUGGGUAGAAAGUUUCUACCACAACCAUGGCGUGGUUUGCGUGAUGAAGAGCUCUCGGAAGUAGCAGACAUACCCGAUUUAAUUUUCGUCCACUCGACGGGAUUCAUAGGAGGAGCGAAAACAAAGGAAGCUGCUCUUCAAAUGGCAUUGAAAAGCGCGCAAUGGGAAGAUAAAUAGUAUGGAUUUUAUUGAAUAUUAGCAAAAGUCGUAAAAUAAAAGCAUAUGUUAAUGUAGUACACCUUAAUAUAAAAAGGCCCUAUCUAAAACUA